AUGGCCACUAAGGCCCGGCCGGCCUUCGUCGAAGAUUAUGACGAAGAAUCCCAUGCCACUCGACCUCAUACUCGCAUGACUGCCAAUGCCACAGCCAACUCUGCUGUCAAAAUAGCCAGGUCGGAUCUAUUCCCAGAGCCGCUGAUCGACGGCGCAAGUGACUCAGGUUAUUCUAGUCGCACCGCUGCCACGGCCAACAGCACCCAAUCCGGCCCAUCGGGCGGACAAAGUCCCCCUCUUAAGGAGUCCAAACGGGGCGAACUCGCCAGAAAGUCGUCAACCCGCAGAGAACGCAAGGAGGAACGAGUCAGACCGAUGCGCGACGAGACAAUGGUUGGUGCCUAUUCGGGCGCCCAUCAUGUUCACGUGCCACGGUCGUCGUCCAAGUCUCGUCGACGGGAAGCUGCUCAUGCUCGCUAUUAUAACGACCCGUACUACGACACUCCUCCGACUCAUUACCAGUCCGACCAUCGUGAUCCCCGCGACCACCGUGACCCCCGCGACCCCCGCGACCCCCGGGACCACCGCCCCCUUGAAGAUUCCUUCUUUAUCCCCCAGCGUCCGCCAGUCUCCGACUACGCACCGCAGAGUGCUCGAUACCCCGCGGGCGUCAUUGAAAACAUCCACGUCAAUCACCCGAGUCGACCCAGUCGCUCCCAUACCUACCACACCUACCAUCCCAACGGUCGACCCAUGAGUUUCCACGGAAUGCCCCCGGGCAUGGGAUCGGGAAUGGCAUCCCCGAUCUACCCCCAGGCACCCAUCCACGCCUACGACUACCAUGGCCCUCCGCCCUCGGGCUCAGCCUAUAUGCACAACCAAUACUCCUCAUCGCCAUACGGAGGUUCCUACUACGCUCCAUCCGAUUAUGGGGCUCCAUCGGACUAUCCGCCUCAACGAGAGCGAUCCGAGUCCCGUCCCCGGGAGCCCCGCCACCCGGAGUCCCGCCCACGUCGAUCCUCAUCGAUCUAUGGACACCCCCCGCCGGCUGUUAUGGACUCAGGCGCCUACUCCCCCUGGUAUGAUGACAAUGAGCCCAUGGAGCGCCCCGUGGAACGUUAUACCUCACGAGAGGCCUAUGGUCGUGCCGCCGCCGCGCACAGACAAGACCCAGACGAGGACUUCUACCGCAUGCCACCACCCCCUCCUCCCCUCCCCAAGCCCAAGCCCAAGGCGGCUGCCCCACAGAUCCAUCAGGCGAGGCGACCCGAGCCCCGCAAGGCUCAAACAAGCAGUGCGGUGCCAUCCCAACGUCGCCCGUCCAGAGGUAUGGAUCGAACUAUGGACCGGGCCAUGGACCGAAGCCUGGAUAAAUUUGACAUGGCGGAUCUCGAAGCGGAGUUGCCUAUGGUGUCGGACCGGGCUCAUCGUCGGAUGUCAAGGGAGACUGCCCUGCCAGAGAGAACCCACAGCCUACGGAGCAACCACCGACGGUCUACAUCCUACCAGGAUGACCGACGUGGGGCUCAGGUGGCCGUGGCAAGCUCGAAGCGGCGACAGCCAUCCACGUACUACUACAACGAUGAGCCAUCCAGCAACACAGACGACAUUCUGGAAGAUCGGGAACGCGAAAUUGAGAACUACCAGGCAGCACGGUCCGGUCGAAACUCGACUGCCAACGUGCCUCUCUCCGCAGAGGCCAUGAUCCCCAAGGCAACCACCAAUCGCCAGGGGAGUGAGAGUGGCAGUCAGAAGAGCCGGUCCAACAGCAGCCGUGGCAGCGGCACAGGCUCCAGGACGGAAGAAGACAAGAACAUGACACUCAUGGUGAAUGGAGUGAAAAUGGAAUUUAACCACGAAACGAUUGCAGGGCAAUCCAUCAACAUUCGUGCUGGGGAGGCCCGCAACGCCGUGCGAUUGAACAUUGCAGGCGGGCCUCGUCCCAAGCAGUACUUGACUGGAUCCAACUCUGAUUAUACGGGCGGUGCAAGCCGCCGGGAGCUAGAAGAUGUACGACGAAAUCGAGGAGACACUCGGUCAGAGCGUUCGGAGCGUGGACUUCGUCGCUCUAGCCAGUCGACCUACGGUAGUACUCGCUAUCAUUGA